UGACGAUUCAUGAAAGUUGGCUGCAUGGUACGAUACGACUAUGACAGUAUUUCAACGCACCAAGGGAAUUGUUUUCCGACAGCCACGGGUUGUUUAUGACGAACAGUCCAACUCCCUUAUUCCUAACCCUUUCCAAAGUGAAAGCGGGUGAAAGCUGGAGCUAUUAGCCACAAUCGCUUUGGCAUUUCGCAAGCUACAGUCCACAGUGCGGAAGGGAGCGCGAGAGAGGGAUGGGACAUAUGUCACCAUCCAGUUGGAACGCUGGGGUCUUGGCUAGUUAGUGAGAUGCCAGUCUAGUUUACGCGUGUAACGCUGGUGUAUUGUAGAUGUUGUAGCAUUGUAUUUGUAGUCUUGCAUGUUAAAGUAUGCAGCUUAUAAUCAAAUAGCAGCAGUCAUUGAAGACAGAAGGAGACCGCAGCAUUCCUACCGACAGAAGCUGUCAGCGGAGCCUCUCACACAACAGUGGUCCAGGACGGUUUGGCACGGCUCCAGCAAGGUGUUCAUGUGAGAGGAAGACACACACAGACACAUCCCCAGUCUACCCCUCCCCACCCUUCACUCCCCCGCUGCGAGCCGUCUGCCACACUGCACCACGCCGCGCUGUGCCAGCCUCACCAUGGCAAUGAGCAGUGACCCGGGCACCGCCGAGCUCAGCGAGCGGGUAGCGGGCAUCUCCGUGGCGGGGCCUCCUCCUCCUCCCACUGGGGGGGCCUCCAACGGGGUGGGAAACGGGGCCAGCUCUCUCGGCCCCACCACGCGGAAGGCCCUGGGGAUCCAGCAGAGACCGCAGCUCUCGGGCAGGAAGCUCUCGCUGCAGGAGAGGGGCCCCUACCAGGGGGCAGGAGGAGGGCGCAUGGCACGGCCGCCCACCAUCGAGUCCAAACGCAUCUCCAUCUCUGGUGAUCCGCAGGACUGCAUGCGGCUCAACCAGUAUAAGCUUCAGAGCGAGAUAGGAAAGGGCUCCUACGGUGUGGUGAAACUAGCCUACAACGAGGACGAUGACAAGUAUUAUGCAAUGAAGGUGGUGUCGAAGAAGAAGCUGAUGAAACAGUGCGGCUUUCCCCGUCGGCCCCCACCACGAGGCCCCAAGGCAGCCCUGGGGGAACAGCCGAAGGUCCUGGGGCCCUUAGAACGUGUCUACCAGGAGAUCGCCAUCCUGAAGAAACUAGACCAUCUCAACAUAGUCAAGCUCAUAGAGGUUCUUGAUGACCCGACAGAGGACAACUUGCACAUGGUGUUUGAGCUGAUGCAGAAGGGGCCAGUGAUGGAGGUACCCACGGACAGUCCUUUCAGUGAAGAGCAGACGCGUCUCUAUUUUCGGGACAUGGUCCUUGGUAUUGAAUACUUGCACUACCAGAAGAUCAUCCACCGAGACAUCAAGCCAUCCAACUUGUUGCUGGGCGACGACGGCCACGUGAAGAUUGCCGACUUUGGCGUGAGCAACCAGUUCGAGGGCAACGACGCCAUGCUGUCCAGCACCGCCGGCACCCCCGCCUUCAUGGCCCCCGAGACACUCUCGGACCAGCGCAAGAGCUUCAGUGGCAAGGCUCUGGACGUAUGGGCAAUGGGAGUGACGCUCUACUGUUUUGUCUUUGGAAAGUGUCCUUUCAUAGAUGAGUACAUCCUGGCUCUCCACAAUAAGAUCAGGAGUAAAUCGGUGGAGUUUCCUGAAAUGCCAUCAAUUAGCGAAGGGCUGAAAGUCCUCAUCUUGAAGAUGUUGGACAAGAACCCGGACACCAGGAUCACAAUACCAGAGAUCAAACUGGAUGUGUGGCUGACUCAGGGUGGAGAUGACCCCCUGCCACUGGAGGAGGAGCACUGCUCUGCUGUGGAGGUCACUGAGGAGGAGGUGCAGAACUCAGUCAAGUGUGUCCCCAGCCUCUCUACCGUGAUCCUGGUGAAGUCUAUGCUGAGGAAGAGGUCCUUCGGGAACCCCUUUGAGUGCCCCAGCAGGAGGGAGGAGAGGUCCAUGUCCGCCCCGGGAAACCUCCUAAUGGAUUCGUGGCCGUUUCGACCCUCACUUAAAAAACUCCACCCAUCCCUAAGAAAAGGGAGCAGUGGAGAGUCGGGACGUGAGAUGGAGCUGGAGGAUCUGCAUGAAGACGAGCCGUCAUCCCCCUCCUGAGAUAAAGACUACAUAUCCCAGCAUGCAUUGUGCAGUAUGUGUGCCCCUGUGGAUCCGCUGUGGGAGGGGGCAUGUGGCCCCCUCCGCUUCUGCUGUGAUGCCGCCUCCAAAACAAGCAAGCAAACAGAUGAGCCAACUAACCUUCAAGCUUCUCCAUUCACUACCACCAACACCACUACCCAGGACCGCUGACGGGUUUGCCCAAGGACCCAUUUCUGGGCCCCGCCUCUCCCUGGACCUGUCACAAUAAACCUGUUUAUCCCUCCCUUUCAGCAUCCCUGCAAUGACUACCAUCUCUUCUGGAGUAGGAGUGUCCCUUUAUCCUGUAUCCUCUGACUGAUAAGCUACACGUACAGCCAUGGCUUGAUCUUGGACACACGUGACCUGCCCUGCCACCAGGAACUCGUUCUCCUUUGACCCUCCCUGAUGUUGUGUCCCCCACCCAUCCCAAUAUAUUUGGUAACUCUUUCUUUGAAGGGGGAUUCAUGACGGUGCCAUGUAACCAUCAUCAGGAUAACAUGACGAAUGUCAGGAACUUUAAUGGCACAUUGUUGAUGUUAAUGACAUGUCAUAAUGUCAUAAUGUGUCAUUCGUUUUUUGCAAUGUCAAAUUUGGGUGAUAGGUUGGGUCAAUUGUUAGGGUGUCAUGAAAUAAAAAAAAAAGAUGACACAUUAUGACAACAGUCAUAAACAUCAAUAAUUGUGUCAUUAUUGGUCCUGACAUAGGUCAUGUCAUUCUUACCACAGUUUCAUGACACCCCUUAUGUAGAAAAAAAUUCCAAAUAUUCUCCAACCAAAGCUUUCCAUCUUUCCUUUCCUAUUUUUAGAUAAUGCAUUCUAAAUGCCAUCCACCUCUUUUUCAAGCUGUUCUUCAAGGCUGAGGCCGGAUCUAGUCCAUCUGCACAUCUCUCUCUGGCUAAUGACAGCUUGUCACUAGCUCUUCUGGCCUUCCGACUGUCAUUCAGAUCAGUGCAAUUUCAACCCAGGCACUUAUAAUUGUAGGGCUCAUUCUUUGCAGAAAGAAAUCGCAAAACAUGUGCACACACGCACGCACGCACGCACACACACACACACACACACACGCACACGCACACACGCACACGCACACUUUGUCCAUACAUAUAAAAUGCAUGCACAUACUGUACAGUACAUAAGUAUGCACACACAUAAUUGUACAUACAGUGCACUGUACAUUUGCUGGUAAACCUUUAUAAGCUAGCAUGGCUCUCUUCCCCUGUGUUCACAUAUUGCUUUUCAAACCCAGAAGAGAGCUUGGUCUCUGCGGCCUCCUGUGUUAGUGUAACUGGUGACUUGAGGGCAGCUGUGCCUCCAGAUGCAUUAGAGUCCAUACUGUGGUGUAAGACUGUGUUCCCUUCCAGGCCCAUCGGCUUCUUGUAUGGUACUCCUCUUUCCUCUGCCCUUGGUUGUGUUCCCCAUUCCCUUUACAUAUGCAUCACGGACUAACUCUGGGAAGAGACACACAGACAAAACAACUGAGACACAGAGACAAAGAGACAAGAGAGGGUGAAGAGGAAUCGACCCACAGCAAGUGGGUGUCUCCCACGGUUAGCUGACAUGCCACAUCUGGAGAGUUUGGACUCCAAAGUGACUCGGGGGCACCUUACCCAUCAGAAGGGCUAUACUGUAGAGAGGGAGGGAGGGUGGAUGUGUCCCUUCUUGUCCCUUGCAUGCAUGCUCUGCUGUGUGGCUGUUGCCUUAUGUGUACCAGCUUGCACUCUCGUACCCUGCAGACCAGACAUCAACCAGACUGCCUGCCUGCCAGGCUUGUGCUAAGAUGCCUGUCGGAGUCAAUGCACCGAGGAUCAAGGGUGUGUGUGCCUGUGUGCGCACGCAUGUGUGCUUGUGUGCAUGUUCGCGCCUGUAAGAGGAACUCGUGGAUUUGUGGACUGGAAAGCUUGCGGAAAGAGGCCAACACUGAACAGCCUCAUUCUGAGUUGUAUAAAACACUGUUUUGUCAUAUGUGUACAUGUUGUAUGUUAACAAGGAUGCAAGUGUUUGGUGUUUACUGUCUACUGUAUGUCAACCCUUGUCCAAACCGUGUCCGUAUCCAUGUGGACUGUUUUCGUUGUCUUAUCAACAAAUGUGUUGCAUUUAAACCCGGCCCUCAAUGCACUAUCAUGCGGCUUGGUGUGUCUCGCUGACUGUGAAAACUGUUGUGUAAUGACGGUACAUUUACAUAAAACUUAAUUGUUUCCUCUUCUUGCAGAAAGGUUCCAGGGUCAUAGCAGCAUAUUGAAAGAAAUAUUAUUCUCUAUAGCAUUUCCAUUCAACUCGUUCAUAUUUGUUGAGCACAUUCGUGCUAAUUCCACUGAAACAAAACGGGCGUAAAUACCUUAUCCACAUGUUCAAAACGCACUUUAUAAGAAAUGCAAAGGAACGGCCGGGUCUGCAAUGCGUCAUGGUAAACUACAGAGAACUCAGUUGGUGGCUUGACGGGGUCUCUACAAAGGGUGUGUGGUCAUCUUGCCCAUGCUGCACCGAGACACCGAAACAGAGAAGUCAUCUUGGUUGACUGGAAGGUGUAAGGAAGGACAACUUGUUUGUGGGAGAACAACACAUUUGUUGGUGAAGUGCAGUGUGGUGUGAAGCUGGGAAGUCCAGAGUGCCAAGUUGCUGCACUGUGUGUAAUGUGUGCAGGGUUGGCCAUGUGUUCCCAUCCCUACAACUGGAGAGCAGGCAUUGCCACUAUUUGGACAUAAUUCCCUUUCACUUCCCAUGCUUCAAUAGUAAGACCCUGGGAUUUUGUGGCUCUUGUGUCUACCUCCCCCACUACUAUAGGCUGAGAUUGAAUAAGUCACCCCCCUGACCCGAGGGGGGUUUAUGUCCUUUCAUUCCCUGUCUUUCUUAAUUCCUCUUUGUGUACCUGUCCACCUUGUAUUUUGGCCACUUUUGCCCACUCUGCAGAUCCUCUCUCUAACCAGUAGGCUACAGCUGCUGCCUUUGACACUAUCUUUAUACUGCAGGAUGCUAACUGUACACUGUAACUGCACACAUACUGAAAUCACUGACUGUCGUCGGCAAUGUGAUAAUGUUUCAGUCUGGAGAGAGCUGUAUAAGCAUCAGUUCCAAGGCAAGGCUUUCAGAGCUGUUUUCACCCAGCGGGUGGCGAGAUGAAUGUGUCAUUGUCAGAUGUGUCUAGAAGGCCUUUUUCCAUUGUCACAGUGGGCGGGCGGGCUGGCAGGCAGACGAGCGGGUGUUCUUCCUCGCUCUGCUGCAUUGUCCUGCCAAUGAGAACAUGCUGAUGGAUCAUUGUCAUCCUCAGCGGUACCAAGAGUGUGGAGGAGCAUUUAUCAAAACAGUGAUUAGCAGCUCCCAAUCAUAACUUCUCACUUUUUUGUUGCUGCUGCUGCAAACAGUGAAUAAUCCACACAAUCCACUUGCGUGCACCCUGGUUUCUUCUUUCAUCACAAUACAAUUUUCAAUUCUACCACCUGCCCAAAAUCCAUCUUACAGUAUAGUAAAUCAUUUAUGUGGGACAUUUGGAAUUGGCAGUGUGAAAUGGCUACUGUUGCAGUGUAGCCUGAAAGUAAAUAGACAUCCAUGCGAAAGUAUCUGAGAUGGCUUAAAAAUAAAUAAUAAUAUUAUUAAUAAAUCACAAAAAUAAAAGGGGAACAAGCAGUCCCCUGUAUGUUUCGUCCUGUUAUUGGGUAUACAAACAAAUAGCUGAAUCAUGAUCUUUUUUUCCCUUUCAGACAUAAGAGUCUUUUCCCUUUGAUCAUUAUCAAAGUAAAAUGGUUGAACACAACUAAAAAAAAAUCAGUACCCUGAGAUAUUUUCUCACACAUUUCCUGCUUCAACCAGAUUUAAAGUCCAAUCCCUCCAUUUGAAUAACACACAUUCUCACUGAACUAACUGCUUUCUCAGCAUGAGGUUUACUUGGGGGCAUGUGCAUUUUUCUUCAAGAUGACAUACUGAGUUUGUGUUUGACUUAUGGCACUUGAAAAUACCCUUAUCCUCGCUAUGCAAGCAAUUUGUUCAAAUAACCAUAGCAGCCACCCGCUGCAGCAUCAUAACAGCCCGUGUGUUCAUCCUCACUGGUCAUCACUUCCUUGACCCUGUGUCACUCACACGGCAGAUGGUGGUGUCCCCUUAUCUACUCCACUUAUCUUAAUGCAUAUUUUCCUCCAGUGUCUGUCUCUGCUUGUCUUCUCUACCCCUUUGUAUCAUAUUGACUUGUCAUAUGGUUCAUGACUCAUCUCCAACAGCUGAUGCCCCUCAUGCAGUUGUUCAGGAUUGAUUACUCUGAAUUGGAGGCCGACAUUCAUUUUUGGACACAUUGAUGUAAAUGGCAGCAAACUAGAUAUUUAUACAUACAUUGUUUAGGGACAAAAAUGCAAGAUCACAGAGGAAACUCAAAUUACAAGAUUAAGUUCACCCAGACUAGGCUGUAGUAGAUAAAUAAUAAAUCAACAGUAAUAAAAUCCUACAUAAACAGUAUAAUAAACAUAAAAGUAAAGGUGCAUCAAAGGUUCUCUGGAUUGGAUCCAUGGAGAAUAAAAACUUUGUGUUGAGCUACCACCACACCAUGCAAAAAGCUUUUCUCAAUUUUGUAUUGUUUUUUCCCCACAGUAUCAGAUCAUAAUCAAUUGUGCUAUGUCAUAUCAGUGUGAAGUAGUUCUUGAAAAACUUGCCUCCAUGGGUAAGGACUGACAAGGUUUUUUGUAUAGUUAUCACUCUCAAGAACCAGUGCUGGUCCUUUUUUCCUGUUUAUCUAACUGUUUACCUUAAAACAUGACACAGAACUAAGGUGCUCUUAGUUUUUGCACUGGCUUUGCCAUUUCCUUUAUAGCACAGUCUUUGGAUACCACCCUUAGUGUGUGGAUUGUGCAAACAUGGCGCCCAAACUCAGUGCCUCCUCUCUUUAAUUCCAGUGAGACGUCAAGAUAAAACUGGAUUUGGAAAAAAAAAACUACAUUUGUAUUUAGAACCCUGUUCACCCAGUGUUAGUACAAUGGCCCCACUACAUCAGUCCUUCAUGUCCUGUGUGUGUCUGUGACCUGUUAUAACCCUGACACUAACAUUAGAAAUUGCGCUAGUAUUGUCCUGCUAACAAAUCCUUCAUGCUUCACUGCUUCAGUCCUCAUGGUGGCACUGUACUACUAAGAUGUGCGAUGCCCGUUAUGCACCACCUCCCCACCUUCACCUUCUUUUACCUCUCUUCCUUCCACCCAACUCAAGCAUGAAGUUGUGCAGUCUCUGAUGUUCCGACUUUAUUCAGUUUACACUGUAAAUAGGACAACUGUAUCACACUGUGCAAUUUACUUCUCUUCAGCAUAUUUACACAAAGCAUUUACUUUGUCUUCACACUUGUGCUGACAGUACCCUACAGCAGGGUGCAUCUUUGCAUUCUGAGUGUAAAAAAGAUGCUCCAGGUGUAAGCUGGGUACUAUUUCAAAUGUAUUCACAUACCGUCGAGGAUAUACUUAUAUACAGUAUGUCUAUGGGCAAAGGAGGUUCACUCUGGUAGUGGUGUACAGUAGGACAGUAAUGAACAGGGAAAGUACUGGCAACAAUGUUUUAGUUUAUUCCCAACAACAAAAAAAGGGCUUGUGAGUCGAUGAGGUUGGUUGUACAGCGUGUAGCCUCAACACACAGUCAAAUCCAUCCACAUUCCUGCGAUGUUGUUUCACAGUGGAGUUGCUCUACUGUCUUGUGUUUCUAGUGCCUGUCUGAGCCGUAUGUUCAAUGGCUGUCUGUGCUCUUCUGCCUAAUCCUGAAUGUAUACGUUUCAUACGCAAAAAAAGAAGAAAAAAAAAACCAAGCAUGACACACACAAAAAAUAAAGAAUGCAACUGUUACAAUGUAAAUAUGUACCGAUAUAUACAAAGAGGCUAUUUUUUGCAUGCUUUUGUACAUUUAGACAUAAUCAAAUACAAUAAAAGAUAUCACAAUGGCGGACAUGUCAGAAGUUUUCUUGUGGAGUUCUUGUGUUUUGUGGUAUUAUUACACUCAUAACAGCAAUAUGAACAUGUCUGUUUUACACGUAAUUCAAAAAUAAUUAUCUUAACUCUUACCUCUUUAUUUCAAAGGGUCUACACGAGGUUGUCAUGCAGCUGGCAUUAGAAUGACAACACAUCAGAACAUUAAUGACACAAUAUUGAUGUUUAUGACUGUUGUCAUAAGGUGCCAGUUUUUGGAAUG